AUGCCAUUCUCAAAAACCACUACUGGGAGCUGCCAUCAUCGACCUAGUCUAGGUACCUAUGUGGUGUACACCGUCAGCACGGACCGUCCGGUCUUAUGGCGCGGUGGACGUUAUCUUGGAUCGAAAGACGGGGAAGCUUCCGAUCAGAAGCUGUUGAAGCCUCCCAUGCGCGCUAGAGACUUUCUUCUUUCUUUCGUUCAUUGCAAGCAACCCCCCGGAAUCCGCCCCAGCUCAAUCUACGAUUCACUUCAGUUCAGUUUCAUCUGGGUAACACUUCAGAUUCCAUCCAACUCAACAUUCUUGAUUGCUCACCGACUGGUGAUUGGAACAAAAAGACGCAAUCCCGUCGGCAGUCUAGCGACCCAACAUCAGGCCGUGGUUGUUGCCCACCAAGACAUUGUGCAGGUGUUGGGCUUCAAGUGUCAUCCAUAUCACGUCCCGUCAGCCAGCUACAACUGCCCAUCAUCGUCGUCAUCAUCGUCAAGCACCCCAAGGUUAUCGUCCGUCCGGCGCAUGUACACAUCGACUCUGGCCUCUGGUACGAACUGCAGCCACGAAGCUUCGACCAACCGCGACCGCCCAAACCGACUCGUCAACUGCCCGAUCGUCCGAACCCUCAAACCAGCUACAGGCAACUCGACCGUGAGCCCCUCGACGGUACUACGUGACUACACGGUACUGGCCCGACUCGCCCGAUUCGGUUCAAGUUUGCCCAUCGUCAACAAGGGCUUAGGUUGCGCUCCAUCAAUCGCACCCCGGCCUCCCAUCUGCCUAGCUGCCUAG